AUGGAUCGCAUCAAGGAGAAAAUGAACCAGCUUCGCCUGGAGGCCGACGAGGCCGUUGGAAAGGUCGAAGAGCUCCAGGGAAAGGUCAAGACGCUGGAGCAAGAGAAUCUCUCCAAGGAGCAGGAGAUCACCUCGCUGCAGCACAAGAAUAACCUUCUUGAGACUGAGGUCGAGAAGCUGGAGACUGCCAUCAAGGACUUCAAGAAGGCCGCUGACGAAGGCCAACAACACGGAACCCAAAAUGAGACCUUGCAGAGACGACUGCAGCUCCUCGAGGAGGAGGCCGAGAGCGCCGACAAGACGCUGCGGGACGCCAACGAAAAGCUCCGCCAGACCGACGUCAAGGCCGGCCACUUUGAGCGCAAGGUGCAGGCCCUCGAGAACGAGCGUGACCAGUGGGAGCAAAAGUACGAGGAGAUGGCCAAGAAGCACACUAGCCUCCAGAAGGAGCUGGAGGAGCUCCAGGUCGAGAUUGGCAACAUCUAA